AUGCGCCUCGCGACUCUCCUCUUCGCCAGCGUGGUUCUUGCUACGGGUGUCGUCAAUGGUUUCGCUAUACAUAAACGCACCACCGCCGUCACACUCUUCACCGCCCCCUCCCUCCACGGCGCCUCCACCACCCUCCCCUCCACGGGCACCUGCACCAACCUCCCCCCGGCCUGGGACGAGAAGAUCCGCUCGCUGUUCACGGCGCCGGGGUUCGCGUGUGACUUCUACUUGAACCUCGAUUGCGCGACUGAUGACGACGACGGGGAUGUGCUGCGGUAUGGCUGGGUGCGGGCGGAUAGGCUGCCGGCGCGGUUUGAUGGGGCGAUUAGGAGCGUGGAGUGUGGGGCGUAUUAG